UUUUUAAUCGAUUUGGUGACGCAUAAAUCCUAAGAUUUGGAACAUCAAUGGAGGAAGGAAAUUGAAUGAGUAUUCAGUAGAUAAGAAGUGAGUUAGCAGAUACGUUUUCUCUUCUUCGAUUGUUUGUGACCGCUUAACGUGACGUGACCAAGUGUCUUCAUGGCUUAAAAUAGGUUGCGUCACAACAAAGGAAAAAUGUGCAACUGCAACCUUUCGAAUAACAAAGCCACAACACUCUUCAACAGUACCAGCGAUAAUGAGGUGUUUCGCACUGUGCUUAGUAUCUUUCUGGGUUCUCUUUGCUUUCAGGUUUCAGAGUGUGUCAUCACAAAAUUUAUCUGAGAGUUACCUUCAACAAGCUGUCUUACCACCAAGAGGUUGGAAUUCCUAUGAUUCCUUUAUCUGGACAAUUUCUGAAGCAGAUUUCUUACAGAAUGCUGAAGUAGUUGCUCAGCGUCUUCGUCCUCAUGGAUAUGAGUUUGUUGUGGUGGAUUACCUCUGGUAUAGGAAGCUAGUCCAGGGUGCCAAUACUAAUUCUCUUGGAUUCGAUGUGAUCGAUGGAUGGGGAAGGAUGGCCCCUGAUCCAGUUAGGUGGCCUUCUUCCAAUGGUGGGAAGGGAUUCAGUGAAGUAGCUAAGAAAGUACAUAGCGUGGGUUUGAAGUUUGGGAUUCAUGUUAUGAGAGGGAUAAGCACACAAGCAGUGAAUGCAAACACCCCUAUACUAGAUAUAACAACGGGCCGUGCUUAUCAAGAAUCUGGUCGAGUGUGGUAUGCAAAAGACAUAGCAAUACCAGAAAGGACUUGUGCAUGGAUGUCAAAUGGUUUCAUGAGUGUAAAUACCGAGUUGGGAGCAGGGAGAGCUUUUUUGAGAUCCCUUUAUGAGCAGUAUGCUUCUUGGGGUGUUGAUCUCGUGAAACAUGAUUGUGUGUUUGGCAAUGACUUGGAUUUAAAUGAGAUAACCUAUGUAUCCUCGGUUCUCAGCCAGCUUAGUCAUAAUGUUGUGUAUUCUAUAUCGCCUGGAACCGGUGUGACACCAGCCAUGGCCAAGGAUGUCAGUGGACUAGUCAACAUGUAUCGAAUAACAGGAGACGAUUGGGAUACAUGGGGAGAUGUCAAGGCUCAUUUUGAUGUAACAAGGGAUUUUUCUACCGCUAAUAUGAUUGGCGCAAAAGGUUUAAAGGGGAGUUCAUGGCCUGAUUUGGACAUGCUACCGUUCGGAUGGCUAUCCAAUGCAGAUUCAAAUGAAGGUCCACACAGGUAUAGUAACCUGACUCCAGAUGAGCAAAGGACACAGAUGACUUUAUGGGCUUUGGCAAAAUCUCCCCUUAUGUAUGGAGGUGAUGUGCGGAAGAUCAAUCCUGCCACAUAUGAUAUUAUCACGAAUCCUACCUUGCUAGAGAUUAAUCAUUUCAGUUCAAAUAAUAUGGAGUUUCCUUAUAUCACAAGCUCGAAUAACUUGAAGAGUGAAUAUCGUCCUCUUAGAGAGCAAACAAGAAUGUCUACAAAAGGAAAGAAAUUCAAACCUUCAUUAGACCUCACUAGCUGCACUGAAUCAAAGGCAAGUGGUUGGACUACUGAAAAUCUUAACAAAGAUCUUGAAAGAAUCUGUUGGAAAGGGAGUUUAGAAAACGAGCCUCGGAACCCUUUCUGCGUACACAAGAGAGAUCUUCAGUUCAGAUUAGAUGGUAAGAGUAUGUAUCAAGAGGAUUUUAGAGGGAAACAUCAAUUAGUUGCAACCAGUAACAUGAGAUCUUGCUUGGAUGCUUCUCCAAAACGAAAGGUUACUUCCAAAGAGUCCAAAAGAGGAACAUUUUCUCCUUGUAAAAGGGAUUCAAACCAGAUUUGGGAGCUAAACUCCAAUGGGACCCUUGUAAAUAGUUACUCAGGUCUUUGUGCAACAGUGAAUUACGUAGAAGCUAAUGAUUAUUCGGGUGUGAGUGGGAUUCGCUCAUGGAUUGCAACGGGAAGAAACGGCGAAGUGUAUUUGGCAUUCUUCAAUUUAAAUGAACAGAAGACGGCAAUACAUGCAAAGACAUCAGAUUUGGCUAAGGUUUUUCCUGACAGACACAUCAAUUCCUGUCAAGGUAAGGAAUUGUGGAGUGGAAAGAAUGUUGUACGAACGCAACGAACGUUUUCAAUGGAUGUAGAAGUACACGGAUCUGCACUAUUUGUUCUAAAUUGCAACUAGUUUGGCUUCCAAUUUUAUUAUUAUUUUUAAAGGAAAAGGAAAAGAAAACAAAUAGCUCCUCAUUGUUGAGCUUUUAUUUUUAAUUUGUAAUUUUUCUAUUUAAUCACGUUUCCCUGUGGUGGGGUGCGUAAGUGUUGGAUCCUACCUUUGCCUCGUGUUUUUUCCGUGUACGUGAUGGAUGGAUACUUUGUAAAUUACAUUUGUAAAUUACGUUUAGAAAGCUGUUCUUACAUUUCUUCAAUAAAAUAAUGGCCUUAUACUUUUGCAACUUUUAA